AUGCUCUCCUCACAGUCAAUUCGCAGGCCUGCCGUUCUCGUCGUCGUCGCCGUCGCCGUCCUGCUAUGUCUGAUCAAGUUGUCGUUCUCGCUGGAUCGCCAGCCGUGGAGAUCUGCUCCCACGAUAGGCCUGCAGCAGGAGCACUAUGAGAGCAGCAACAGUCAUGGACAGCAGAGGCCACAAGGGCAAGUAGAGACCCUUGUUAAGCCUAAGAAUUACAAUAUUACAGGCAUGGUGUUUUUUGGGCGGCGGGAUCGAGCGGCAUCGAUGAAUUGCUAUGUUGAGGUUUGGCUCGCGGACGAUGCGAUUCCACAUAUGGUCACGACCAAAUUAAAAUACCCGGACAGCUUUGCUGUCUCCGCGAACGUCAUCAACGGCCCGCCCUUGUCUUUCCUUCACUUCCACCUCGGUGCUCUGCAUCCAUACUUCCCUGAACUCGAGGCAGAUCCCACUUACACCAACCACAGUAGUUCGGAAAACUGGCGUCCCUCCAGCCACCCCUUCUGGUCCGGCCCGAGCACGUUCAGAUGGCCGCAGGACGGAGACCCCCCGGGGGGGGGCAAACAUCGCUGGCUCCGUGUCAACGACGACAGGGCGCUCCACCGCACCCCUGUCGCGAACCUGACGUAUGACUUCUGGGGCCCUACGUAUGAGAGCUGGGCGAUUGCGGCGCAGCAGCAUUAUUCGCUGCUGGAAAACCUGGAGCGGAAUACCACAGACCUAUAUAAAUUCCAGCCGCCCUGGAAUAUGCAGGGCGAGCGGAUUCGGAUCAAUUGCCUCGCGAUUCUGGGAGACGAUAUUCUGGAUACUGAUGUGGAGCAUUGGCCCAAUAAUAAAGGGGAUGAAGAUAUGAUUGUUUUGGACUUGCCGAAGAAGUUGCAGAGACGUGAGUAA